CUCACCCUCCAAAACCCCACCUAUAGACAUUUUGGAGACAUCACUGAUUCAGUGGUAGCCCCUGUCAGAGUGGUAAAUUAAGAAUCAGACACGGAUCCUAUGAAUUUUGAGGAAAUGGCAACAUCUUAGAACUGCAAAAUGUGUCUGCCUCCCCACCACCCUAACUGCUGUCCAUUUUGUAGGUCAGCUGCUUUUCUUCGAAGCAGCACGGCCCAGAGGAGGAAGAAUGUCUCUCAUAUUUCAGCUUUGAGGGGUUCAGAUUGCCCAAACUGGACUAGCAUUUCUGAAUUUCCUGGGAUGCCAGGCUCUGUGGAUUCCUUGGGAAGCUCUGCAGCACCUCCCAAAUUCCCACCUCAUUUAAAACCCCUACCACCCCCAUCCCUGGGCUGCUGGUGUCUGGAGCCACAGGGUCUACAGCUCAAAUCCUGCCUCACUGUGAGGGGAGGGGAGGCUUAGUGGGAGGUGGUUGGUCCCUGGUGAUUCUGGGAAAAGGCUCACUCCUCUGCAGUCACUCAGAACAGUGGUAAUAAAGGUUGGAACCUGAGGCGGGGGAGGGGUGUUUGGUUGCUAAGGGGCACAUGCAUGACACAGAUGCCAAUUGUGACAAGGCUGCCAAUUGUUGGGCUUCCGACCAGUGCCUGGGUCACUCACUGUGGCCCACUCACCUGGAUCACUUGUGCCCUACUCACCCUACUCACCUGGGUUGCUCACUGUGACCCACUUCCCUGAGUCCCUCGUUGUGACCCACUCGGUUGGGUCACUCGCUGUGUCCCGGACCUCUGCUUGUCAUGUCUGGGCCGCACCUCUGGGCCCCAUGGCCCCUGUGUAUGUGGCAGCUGUUGUGGCUGCUGGUCCAGGCAGCUCAGCCUUCAGAGUUGACCCUGGACCCUGUCCUGCUGACCUCCAAACCCUCGGGCCCAACCGAGCCCUGGGCUUUGGAUCAGCAAACCCCCCCACCUGAGACUUCAAAUGCCUUAAAAGAGGUUAAAUCUCUGUUACUCCAACAAGAAGACUCGGCUCUGCCUACAGAGGCCCCUGAGGAAGUGAAACACCCUCCAACCCUUCAGGAGGCCCCAGCUCAGCAAGCCGAAGCCUCUUCAACCCAGGCGGAGACUUCAGCUCAGUUCCCACCUCAACAAGAGGCCUCAGCUCCGUCUACACUGUCCUCUGAGCCUCUGAAACCUUGGUCAGUCCACCAAGGAAUUCCAGAUCAGCAUCCCAUCCCGGCUGAAAAUGUCGAAUCUUCGACCCAGUGGAAGAGCUCACUUCUGCCUCAAGUGCCUCUUGCCGCUGUAGAACCUUCUUCAGUCCAUCAGAAGGGGGGAGCCCAGCCUCCAAAAUCCUCUAUAGAUGUUUCAGCUCAACCUUCGGUCCAUCAUGAGGUGACAGUCUCACCUCUAGGUUCGGGUGAAACUCAGCAUCCAGCAUUGUCCCAUAUGAAUGUUAAAGAUGUGGGCCUGAGGGUGUUGGUAGCUCCAGAGUCCACUAAGGAGACUGAACUGGUUGUAACUGGGCAGGAGGUCUCAGAUCAUCCUCCAAAGUCCGCAGAGGAAGUCAAAGCUCCAACCCAGCAGGGGACCCCUCCAACGCCCCCUGAGGAGACAGACUCACCUCCAUUGCAGCAGGAGACCGCAGCUCAGCCUACUUUGGAUGCGACAGCCCUGCAGCAGACGACAGGUCCUCCGAAGCACCCUGAGGUGCCACUUCCACAUCCAGAGACGGUUCCGGCUCUGCAGCCAGCCUUGACUGGAAGCACUGUUCUGCCUCUAGACCUGGAAGUUCGAAUAACUCAGCAACCAGAGUCAUCUGAGACAGUUCCUCCAAAGACUGAAUGGAGUGCCACCACCAACAUAUGUGAGCUCUGUGCCUGCAGCAAUGGGACGCUGUCCUGUAUCGGUCUUGGCCCAACGGAGAGGCUCCGCACCGUGCCUGUGCCAGAGCCCAACAGCUACAAGGGCACCUUCUCUGUCUUAAACUUGCAAGGAAACUCAAUUUCUUACAUCAAUAAAGAUACAUGGAAGCCAUACCAUUUUCUUGUAAAACUAAAUCUCAGUGGAAAUAAUUUGAGGGAAUUACAUAAGGACUCAUUUGAAGGCCUGAUGUUCCUCCAGUAUUUAGAUUUAUCCUGCAAUAAAAUACAGUUUAUUGAAAGGAAUACAUUUGCAUCACUACCUUUUUUGCGGUAUAUAAAUCUUGGUGGCAAUUUAAUCACAAAAGUGAACUUUGGAACAUUUCGGGCCUGGCAUGGAAUGAAGUUUUUACACAAGUUAAUUCUCGAUCGUAAUCCUCUGACAGCUGUCCACGAUCCAUAUCUUUUUAAAUUGCCAGCAUUAAAAUAUUUAGACAUGGGGAGGACACAAGUGUCACUUACAACAGUUGUGAGCGUCCUCAUGAUGACCCCUCAAUUGGAAAAACUGAUCUUACCUAGCCAUCUGACCUGCUGCCUCUGCCAAUUUAGAAAUAAUAUUGAGACUGUUGCCAAGACAGUCAAACUGCAUUGUGACACUGAAUGUCUGAAAAACAUACCUUGUGAUGAAGGACUACUUAUAGAAGGACCGUUCCUGAAAGUACUGCCAGGCCGGAAGGACACCAGCACUGAGCUGACUAUUGAGCCAGAGUGGGCAUCCUCAGACAGAAACGGAGAGAGUUCAUCAUCCCUAAUGCGCCCCCUGAAGACGCUGCUCAGUAAACAGCAAGAAGGAACUGUCUCCAAGGCAGAGCGGGAUGCGGAUCCAUGGAAAAAGCAGAGGCUGGAAGCUCAGGGUGAACAGGAAGAGGAGGAGCCCAGUGCGCUCACAAAAGAAGUGCCAGGAUAUGGCUAUAACAAGAAUCUCAUCGUGGCAAUAAUUGUGACUACAGUAGCAAUAAUUUUUAUUGUAAUUUUCUGUCUCAUUGUGGUAAGACAACAGAUGAUUCAGAUUUCCAAAAUAUAUUCCGUCUUUAGAAUAGAUUCAGAACCCACAACCUGAAAAUCAAGUUCACUCUCCCACCUACUCCUACUUGAUAUUCCUCUUUAGUCAUGAGCCCUGAGAAAUGCUUUGUUCUUUUACUACAAAUUAUAUUCCAGGGAUUUUUAAAGGAAGCCCACCCCACUCCCAGAGAUCUCUGUGGAA